GCCUAUAUUUGGGGAUUGGGACUACAUUUGUCCGUGUCCCACGUGUCGCCGUGACAUGCAGUGCUGGCAGCUGACGUGGCGCCUCCCGUAAUUAAUAUAUCUUCCACACGAAGGUUCUUUGCCAGCCUCCGCUUUCUCCCACUAAUCCCGAUUCCGAUCCGAUUCCACGGCGCAAAUCCCAUUCCCAUUCCCAUUCCCAUUGCCGCCUCCUCGUCGAGACGAACCGAAACGGCUCACCUCUCCGCCUCCUCCGCAGAUCGCCUCCGCGCCGCGCCGCCAAUGGUCGCCGUCGACCCGCCGCCGCAGGAGGCCGCUGCCCCGCCUGCCUCCAUGAAGCGGAGCGCCAGCUUCGACCGCGUCCCCGAGGAGGCGCGCCGCAUCCUGCACCGCCUCGCCGGCGAGCUCUGGGGCGGCGACGUCGACCCCUGCGCGCUCGCCGUGUCCCAGCUCAAGGGCGCCAUGACCAACGAGGUGUUCCGGAUCACCUGGCCCGGCGACGGCGAGGGUGAGGGUGACGGCGAGGGCGACCACCGCAAGGUGCUCGUCCGCAUCUACGGCCAGGGCGUCGAGGUCUUCUUCGACCGCGACGACGAGGUCCGCACCUUCGAGUGCAUGUCCCGCCACGGCCAGGGCCCCCGCCUCCUCGGCCGCUUCCCCAACGGCCGCAUCGAGGAGUUCAUCAACGCGAGGACUCUCUCGGCGGCGGAUCUGCGCGACCCGGAGAUAUCCUCGCUGAUCGCCAAGAAGCUGCGCGAAUUCCACGAUCUCGACAUGCCUGGACCCAAGAACGCCUCAUUGUGGCAGAGGCUGAGGCGGUGGCUCGAGGAAGCUCGUGGCAGGUGCUCAGCGGAGGAGGCCAGGGAGUUCAGUUUGGAGAAGCUGGGUGAUGAGAUUGCAAUGCUGGACAGUUCAUUGUCAGGGAUUGAUCAGAGAGUAGGAUUUUGCCACAAUGAUCUGCAAUACGGGAAUAUUAUGAUUUAUGAAUCAACCAGACAAGUGACUUUAAUAGACUACGAGUACGCCAGCUUUAACCCUGUGGCAUUCGACAUUGCUAAUCACUUCUGUGAGAUGUCUGCUGAUUAUCAUUCAGCCACACCGCAUGUUCUAGACUUUACAAAAUACCCUGGCAUUGAGGAACAACGCAGAUUUGUUCAGACCUACCUCAGCUAUUCAGGUGAAAACCCGUCAGAUGUGGAAGUUGAUCAUUUACUUGGCUUAAUCUCAAAAUACACUCUUGCAAGCCAUCUCUUCUGGGGUCUUUGGGGAAUAAUCUCAGCGCAUGUGAACAAGAACAUCGACUUUGAGUACAAGGUUUACGCAGGGCAGCGGUUCGAUCAGUACUGGCAGACAAAGGAUAAAACACUGGCAGCCAAUCUAACUAGAUGAUCAUACACAGAUCAUUCUUCUUUCAUGGCUAGUCUUGUGAAUUCCGGUUGUAUGUAGCAGCAUUGUAGCUGCCAAUUUUGACUGUAAAAAAAAAUAUUUCAGCACCUUGAAAACAUAUCCUUGGUCGAUGUAAUGUGCAUAUGGGUGAAGGCGA